UGAGCGAAUGCCUCGUGGUUGAAAGUCUGGGGGUUGUCUGCAAAGUGUCCCCGCUGCUUAUUUUGGGGUUUAAUUGCGUGUUGUGCUGCCUGUCGCCGGUUAUCUGAUCUUUGCCCUCUCCUUCGGCUGCCUGCGGAAGCGCUUUUGUGCGGUGGGAGAGUAUAAAAAAAGGUGUAUUUGCCUGCGGAGGGACGGUCGUGUUUACGUGUACGUUCAUGUAUUCAUAAAAACUGUUUUCCCAACAUUUUUCCACCACUUGUGAGGACACCAGUACAAAUAACCGCUUGUCUGGGGGUGCCCAGGCAUUAAAAGGCGAAUAAAUUCUAUAUAAACUCCCGCUCAGCUGUGGAAGCAGUGCGGUAUUUAUUUACCUGGCUCUCCCUGGGGCGUGCACGGGGCCGGGGGGGUGGGGGGCAAACCCUGCAGAAACCUUGUGUUGGAGUUACAGCGCUCAGCUGGAGGCUGUCAUGGACUGACUUUAUCUGACUCCUCCCGGUAAUUGCAAUUAAAUGGAUUAAUUUCAACCGGAAUUACUCCGGUGCAGCCCUGCCUUGGUUUCAGAGCUGGUCACGCUGCCCAGCUUUAAAAGAGGUGUAGGGUAAAUGCCUGGCUGUCGUGAUUGCGGGCGAGCUGCUGUUGGUCCCUUUAAAUUCGCAGGUGUCCCCCUUCAGCUGCCAGCCUGCCCUGGCUGUGACAAUCCUGCCUGUCCCCUGCAGCCCACGCACCCGGGGGACCCAUCUCUGCGGCACCUUCGGCUCUGAGGAACCUGUAAUAGGGUGGCCAAGGAGCCGCAUCACUUUCUGGACAAGCAGAACCACUCGUUUCUACUGGAAUGUUACUCAAAAUAACGUUAUUCUGAAUAAUUUGGGCUGUUCCUUAUGUAAAGCGAGGGUGGUGCUUUCCUGCUUGCUGUGUCCUGGAUUUUCCCUCCUGGGAGCUUCCGAGCAAGCCGCCCAUGGUAAGCAAAAGCAGAGAGAUGCGCUCUUACAAUUGUAAAAACAGAGCUUGAAUAUUCUGCGUUUGUCACCCCUGCGUUGGCAAUCCCGGGCCCAGCAGAGAAAAGGCGGCGUGCCUCAUGGGUCACCCAAAGAACAGCGGAACGCGCGGAUAGUGAUGACUACCCUGCUGCUCACGGAGCAAAUAACACGAGAAGACCGCGGCUCGGAGGGAAACUACGUCCUUUAUGGAUCCUCGUGUUCCCAAAUCACCGAGGAAGCCGAAUACGUGAAAAAGCAGCAUCCUCAAGCCUCGGGCAGUAGAGCGGAGUCCAAGAGCAGUGGCUGGAGCUGCAGUCCCGUUGCGAGGACGAUGAAGGAGACGGAAGAGCAGCUGCUGCUGGUGAGCAGGGAGAACCAAGUGCUGAAGAUCAAGCUGGAAGCCACGAGAGAGGCAGGUAUCCAGGCUCUCAGAUCCGCCUCCCAGAAACUCUACGAGAAUUACCAGACUCGCUCAGGAGAACUGAAAAAAAGCCAGGAGAAUGAGAAGCAGCAAAUACAGGCCUACAAUCUCCAACAAGAAGAGAAGCUCCGGCAAAGCUCGGAAGAUGCCAACCGCCUUGCUGAAGGCCUCAGGGAAAAAUGUACCCGCAUCGAGGAGAUGGAGAAGCGUGUGCAAAGGAUGGAGGAGGAAAAGAAAACUCUGAUGGAGAAGAAGAUGUCAUUUGAAAAGAUGCUUCAACAGAUGAUGUCAAGGAACGAAGAUGGCAAACGGUGCCUGGAUCUCCAGAGGCAGAUUUCCACCCUGCAGGAGCAGAUCAGCCACCUGCAGCGCGUGAUCCAGGCGCAGCAUCACAGCCUGCGAGGCAUCAUACAAGAGGCAGAGGAACUGAAUAACGAACUCAGAAGCCAAGAUAAAAAAAUCGAAAACCUGACAGAGAAGCUGACUACACUGGAAGCACAGAAUAAAGAACUGAAAGACAGAGUGGAGUUCUGGUCUGGCCAGCCCAAGGCUAAAGUUUCCAAAGCUGUCUGGACAGAUGCCCCGCGAGACUCUGGAGCUUUUGGAGCAUCCCCUUACCUGAUGCUGAGCAGGCUGAGGAAGCAAGACAGCUAAAGGAACCACUGGAUAUUUGUCUCCUCCCUUUGUCAGAAGGAUUUUUUCUGUCUGUUGCAACCCGUAACUCCUACAGCCUCUUUGUUACUGCAAAGCACCUUCAGCACACGCUGCCUCUCUACAACACGUGCUGCAGAGCUGCGCUUGAACGGAUAAAGCUGGAAAGAAGGCAAGAGCUGAUGAGAGGGGUGGUGAGCUCAGCCCAGAUGGCAAAGGCAGCCCCAGCCAUGCCUGGGGGAUGUUGCGUGGCCGGAUCCUCUCUGCCAGAGCUGCCCUGGUGUGGGCAGCGGCAGACACCUGCCUGCACAAAGGGACUGCAGCAGAGGCUCAGCUUAAUGUGACUCUCAUUUAGGUAAGAUUAUAAAAUAAACCUUUGGCUACCUGGCACACCGUUACAGUUGCCACUUCCCCACCUGGGGGUGUAGCGCAGGGGGGAGGUGAAGCGGUGGUCCUGCCCUUUCAGGCCUUCCACCCGGCGGGCACAGCAUGUUUUAGGCGUAGCAGCACUGUAAUGUCACGUUGUCCUCGGGCAAGGAGCGAGCAGUUCCCUUUCUGGGUUAACCCGGCUCUUGCUUUCCUGAAAAAAUUCUCAUGGCAAAUAUUAAGUUUUCUGCCCAUGUCAGUGGGCGUGUGAAGUUCCUCCUUGAGCCUUCCCUCUGGCUGAAAUCCCUUUUGCAGGGGGAGGGCUGGUUUUUCACCCCUCUACCCUGGGAGAGGUGCUGUGGUGGUCAGCAAUCUCCCAGUUUGAGAGAUGUGGCACGCCUUGGGAGCUAAAUGGUGUCCCCAGGGGAGCGACAGCGGCUUUGCACACGUACGUUCACCUCCGUGCUGUGGGACAGAAGGAACCUGGUCGUAUCCCUGGUCAGUCUUCUAAUCCCUGGCGUGCAGGCAGAGCUGCAUUUGGAAAAAAUAAAUAAAGGAAAGUGUUGAUACUCAAAUAAGGCUUAAGGUACUAAGUUUCAGUUUGUU